AUUUGCUUCUGGCUGGUUUUGAAUUUACUGUCUUCAUGGCCGCUAACUUGAUUUGUAGAGAGUACCAUCUGGCAUUUAUUGAAGGGACUUGUAACUACUUAAGGGCUGUUUUCCUUCCAGAUCCAAGCCUUUUCAAGGUCUUUGGCCUUCUCCGCCCCUUAAUUAUUAUGUUGGACACCAAGUAAGUGGGUAUCCAUUAAAAAAAAAAAAAAAGUUGCUUGAAAAGGAAAAUGAGCCCCAGGGAGGGUUCACCACAGGCUCAUCCGUGUCUGUGAGACAAGCGUGGCUUGCAGGUGGGUUGAGGACCAGUGUGUCCAUGGCAGUGGGCUGUAAGCCACAGUGCCUGCCUUUUGUGGGGCAGACAGCUGUAUAUACAGUUCUGCUGCUUUAAAAGGACAUGCAGAAUGCAGCCAGAGAAUUAAAUGGUAUGGAUUAAAAUAAUAUAUAUGCUAGUAUAGAAACUAUUACACAUUAUAAUAUAUACUAUAUUAUGUAUAACAUAUACACACACACAUGUGUAGGCUGAAUGACAGUAGAUUGGAAAUUUGCCAAACCCAACAGAGGGCAUGGUGAGAACACAGGCUUGGGGGUGGGAACGAGAGACAGUGUAUGUAGUUGGCUUUAGCUGAGCUGAGAGGAGGGGCUGGAGUUGGUCACACAGCCUUAAAUGUCAGCCCGACAUUGCCUUCCAUCCUGGAGGACGUGGGAGCCUCAGAAGGCUACAGCAGGGCAUUGUUGGCCAAUCUAUGGAAGGACUGUGGACAGCAUGCACGGGGAGGGGCCUGGGUCUCACAUCCGUUCGCCUCUUGCUGUGCAGGGCAAGGUGGCUGCCUUCUUCGUGGCCGACCUGGGUGCUGUCGUGAGGCAGCACUUCUGCUUUCUGAAGUACCUGCCUCGAGUCCGGCCCUUUUAUGCUGUCAGGUGCAACAGCAGCCUGGGCGUGCUGAAGGUCCUAGCCGAGCUGGGGCUGGGCUUCAGCUGUGCCGACAAGGCAGAGAUGGAGUUGGUCCAGCAUAUCGGUGUCCCCGCCAGUAAGAUCAUCUGUGCCAACCCCUGUAAGCAAAUUGCACAGAUCAAGUAUGCUGCCAAGCACGGGGUGAGGCUGCUGAGCUUCGACAACGAAGUGGAGCUGGCCAAGGUGGCCAAGAGCCACCCCAGUGCCAAGAUGGUUCUGUGCAUCGCUACUCAGGACUCCCAUUCCCUGAGUCACCUGAGCCUGAGGUUCGGGGCGUCGCUGAAAUCAUGCAGACAUCUGCUUGAAAACGCCAAGAAGAGCCACGUGGAGGUGGUGGGUGUGAGUUUUCACAUUGGCAGUGGCUGUCCUGACCCUCAGGCCUACGCCCAGUCCAUCGCGGAUGCCCGGCUUGUGUUUCAAAUGGGUGCAGAGCUGGGCCACACGAUGAACAUUCUGGACCUUGGUGGUGGCUUUCCUGGCUUAGAGGGAGCCAAAGUGAGAUUUGAAGAGAUCGCCUCUGUGAUCAACUCAGCCUUGGACCUCUACUUCCCCGAGGGCUGUGGUGUGGACAUCCUUGCUGAGCUGGGGCGUUACUAUGUGACCUCUGCCUUCAGUGUGGCCGUCAGCAUUGUUGCCAAGAAGGAGGUUCCUCUGGACCAGCCCAGCAGGGAGGAGGAGACCAGUUCAACCCCUAAGACCGUUGUGUACCACCUUGAUGAAGGCGUUUAUGGGAUUUUCAACUCAGUCCUGUUUGACAACACCUGCCCAACCCCCACCCUGCAGAAGAAACCAUCUGCGGAUCAACCGCUGUACAGCAGCAGCCUGUGGGGCCCGGCAAUUGAUGGCUGCGACUGUGUGGCUGAGGGCCUCUGGCUGCCGCAACUACAUGUAGGGGAUUGGCUGGUCUUUGACAACAUGGGUGCCUACACCAUGGACACAAAGUCCCUCCUCGGGGGGACCCAGGCCUACAGAAUCACUUAUGCCAUGUCCCGGCUAGCCUGGGAAGCACUUCGAGGGCAGCUGCUGCCUGCAGAAGAAGACCAGGAUGCUGAGGACGUGUGCAAACCCCUGUCCUGCGGCUGGGAGAUCACGGACACCUUGUGUAUGGGCCCUGUCUUCACCCCAGCAAGCAUCAUGUGAGCAGGCCUAUUUCCCCGGAGAAUCCCAGCGGGGCCAAGGAGAUGCCUCGGGAGAGGUGGGCAAGGCGGCAAGCUGGUACCCUCUGGCCAGGACUCUGGUGCUCGCUCUGCCACUCCCAUGCUCCACCUUAGUGUUUCUGCCCUGUAAAUAGGACCAGUCUUACACUCGCUGUAGUUCAAGUGUGCAACAUAAAUCCUGUCCCUUCCAGCCGUGUCUGCCUCUGCAGCGUGACUGGCCUGGCCAUCCAGGUGUGUGGGGUGUGUUUGGGGUCACUGUUAAUCUCCUCCCCACCUUUGUAAAUAUGAAGCAA